UUUUUUUUAAAAAUAUAUAUAUAUAUAUAUAUAUAUAUAUUAUUUAUACAAAUGUCACUUAUAACCGAUCCUCUUUAUCUCAUUCACACCAGUCGAAUCAAGUUUUUACGUAUUGAAGAACGAGGUGAACGUAUCAUUAGCUUCCCACCGACGGUCAUGUCGGAUGACUAUGUUCGACUGGCAGCCCCCAUCUACCCUGAAAUGCAAUACUGUUAUUCACCCGUCUACGACGGCAUUUCCAACAACAACAGCAAUAGAAUCAGCUGUAGUCCUCGCACUACCAAACGUAAUUACCGCCAGCGUUUACCUACCACGCUCAAAACCAACUUUUCAGCAAGAUACCCCAACAUGAACACCAAUGUUGAAACAAGAAAGGAGUCGCCUGAUAGCGAAGAUGAGGAUAUUGUAGCCUCCAAUUCCAGCAGCAAGCAGGAAACUAUAAAGAUGUCAGCGAUUGCAGUAACAGCCAGUCGGUCGUUUCAUACCACGUCUUUACAUCCCUCUGUCGAUUCAGUUAUUGACCCCUCACCACGUUCUUCCAUUGACACCCAAACGAGUUUUCCACCUCCUCCUGUUUCUUUAGACAGCGCCAGUUUGGAACCACUGGCCUAUACCAAAACACAACCCAGUCGUCCACCACCCGUGACCUCUGCCUUAUCCGCAUUGAUUGCGGAGAAGGCAACCAAAGCAGAGAACCCGUUUGCAGAGUACUCCUUUGUAUCAGGCAAAGGAGAAUCGAAAUCCAUCAAGCUAUGUGUCUAUUUCCCUCAUUCAACUGAACCGUAUAAACCGUGCUACAUUAUUGUGAGACCCGAUGCGGUGACCGAUGAUGUGAUUGGAUAUAUCUUGUACGAUUAUGUGGAAGAAAAGAGACAGCCCGAAUUAGAGGAAGAUGCCUAUGAUUUAGCAGAGUGGGUACUCUUAAUUGCAGAAGACGAUGGUGAGAUUGAAGAGGGUUUACCGGCAAUUGAUCGUACACAAAAUAUUCGCCGUGUUUCGUUUGAACAGUUUGCACUAUGUCGAGCAACAAAGACACAGGCUGCACAAAAUGAUUUGGAUCGUGCUCGUAUGGGUCGAUCUAAACCAGAUGGAGAGACAUUGAGAAAGAAGAAGGAAGCAUCUUCUGUCCAUGUGGAACAAGCACCUGCUACAGUGGAUGAAGUAUUAGAGACAGGGGAAGAUGAAAUUACAUCGGCUUCUUUUACUACACACUUGAUCACGCAACAACAACAACCUGAUGCUUCCACGGUAGCAGUACCUAUACCAUCUUCCAAGGCAACCCUUACGAAAGCAACUAUGCCUAUGACGCCAUUGAAAUACUUUCGUAUUAAACUCAUGACAAAUGAAGAAGUAUCGGCUACUACAGCCAUCCCUGUGUAUGCUGAAAUGUUUAUUGGUGAUGUCUUAGAACUGGUAUCUAGGAAACGUAAAUUAGAUCCUAACGAAUAUAUGCUGACGAUUGCGGAUACAAAAGUGAUUGUACCAAAUGAUACCACAGUAGAGAGUAUGAAGGGAAUUAAUGAUUUGACAUUGACGAAGAAGGGAACAGCAUUAACGAUCCCUAGUACAUCUCAUACUUGGCGAUCACCCAUCAAGCGUAAAAAAGAUGAAGUGAAUCAUCCAAUGUAUUUUUCCACAAGCGAAAGUCCCUUGGCCAUUUCUACGGCGACAGCAAAUGAAGGAUUAUUGUCUCAGUAUAAAAAGUAUACGGUGAGUCGAAAGAUGCCAAUGUUUGUAAGUAAGCGAGUGUAUAUAUUAGCCAUUGAUGGAGAUUAUAUCCAUUUAAUGCCACCGGAACAUAAAGGCAUGUUUGAUUCUGUCAAAACCACGUCGUUUCAUGCCAGUGCGGUUCGAUCGUGUAAGCAGAGUAAAAAAGCACCAACGAAUUUCAAAGUCAUGAUUCUGAAAGAACGGGAUUUUAAAACCUAUGAUUUGGAAGCGGAAAAUGCUAAAGAAGCCAAUGAGAUAUGCAGCAGGAUUCGAUUUUUGAUGCAAGUAACCAAAGGAGCUUGAAAAAAUAAAAUAUCCUGACACAGACACACAAAAAGGGCCCGCCCCACCAG